AUGGAUCGCGAAGAGAUAGAACGACAGUGUAUUUUUGCAAUUUUACAAGAAUCUGACUUAGAUUCUGAAUUGUUAGACCAGGAUGUGUGUGACGAAGAAGAUCACUUGAGUGAGCGUAGUAAUCCUAGUGACACAGAACAAGAUAUCUCAGAGGCUGAUGAUGAUGACAUUUCACUGUCUACUCUAUUGCAUAGAAGUCGUUCGCCAGAAGAGCAAUGUACAUCCGAAUCGUCUAGUUCUUCAAACGCAAACCGUGAGUGUCCUUCGGGUUUUUAUUAUGGCAAAGACGGUACGAUGUAG